AUGUCAACUCAGAAGCCUCCUCUUGCUGUUGCUGCUGCUGCUGCUGCUGAUCUUGAUGAUGCUCCUGCACAAGAGAGAGACCCUGAUGAAAUACCUGUUGCUGCUGCUGCUGCUCAUGCUGCCUGUGCAGCAAAGGGUUUGGGGAUUUCUUGCUGCAGACGCUCCACGAUCUCCUCCGCCUUGAGGUCAGAGACACGCACAACCUGCAGCAGCAGCAGCAGCAGCAGCAGCAGCAAGAAUAGCAGCAGCAGCAACAACAGCAAUAUCAGCCAGACAGUUAGUUGCGGUACACAGCAAGAAACGAAACAGCAGCAGCAGAAACUGAAGCAGCAGCAGCAACUGCAGCAAACAGGCAGCAGCAGAAGGAGCACCAGCACAAACAAAAACAGCAGCAGCAGCAGCUAUACAAACACCAGCAGCAUCAAUACAAGCAGCAGCAGCAGCAGCAGCAGCACCCCCUGCUGCUUCAGUAGCAGCAGGCACAGCAGCAGCAGCAACGACAACAGCAGCAGCAGCAGCAGCAGCAGCAGCAGCAACAACAGCAGCAGCAGCAGCUUGCCUUGUUUCUGCACUUGUGGCCCGCCUCAAGCGACAGCUUCCCCUUACGCACCUUCACUGCAGCAGCAGCAGCAGCAGCAGCAGCAGCAGCACCAACAGCAGCAGCAGCAGAAGCAGCAGCAGCAAAAGCAGCAGCAGAAGCAGCAGUAG